CCAAGAGCCAAAGGGUUGGAGAGCUCGGGGCGCCCGGGGAGACUCCUGCCCGCCUUCGCCAACUGGGUCGCCCGGUAGAAAGAGCGAUGCCCGGGCGGCGCGCCCUUCAUUCAGCCGGAACGGCCGAGCCCCCUUUCCCUGCCCGCCUAGCUAAGAAGUUUGCGGAGUUGCGGAACCGCCGACGCUGCGCUCUGCCGCGGUGAAGAGCCGGUCUGCCAAGGAGAGGCGGGCAGACGCCGGCCUCUCCCAGCGACAGGAGCCCCUUCUCCGCCCGGACUCUGCCUUUCCCGGCUCUGCCUCGUCGCCCGUAGCGGGCUGGCGGAGAGGAAGGCGCAGGACUGGAGCCCGGCGGCCGAAGAAGGCAGGGGAGCUCCGCCGGAGGCACCACGGACAGCGCCGCCGAAGGCAGCACGCGGCCAGCCGCUUGAACGGCUUCCCCAGCCGAAAGAGUCUUCCCCUCUCCGCCGGCUCCACAGGCGCGCCAGUCCCAGGUUUUGCGAUCCAUUGAAAAGCUCUAGAGGAAACUCAAAAUGCCAAUCCGAGAGAAGAUCACAGCAAAGAAAGAAAAUGGCGCCCAAAGCCAAGAUGAGAUGGUACUGCCCAAGCUCCCAGUUCCCUCCCUCCAGCAAACAUUAGAUAGGUACCUUCAGUGCAUGAAACAUCUGGUGACUGAUGAACAAUAUAAGAAAACCAAGACUCUUGUGGAGAAGUUUGGGGCACCAGGAGGCCAGGGAGAAUUCCUUCAGAAGAAGCUUCUUGAAAGACAUGAACAAAUGGAAAACUGGGUAUUGCAAUACUGGCUAGAUGACAUGUAUCUUAAUAACCGAUCAGCUCUUCCCAUCAAUUCUAGCCCAGGAAUUAUCUUUGCUUGCCAACAAUUCCAAGAAGCAGAUGAUCAAUUGAGGUUUGCGGCCAAUCUCAUUUCUGGAGUUCUGGAUUAUAAAGCUCUGCUGGACAGCCAUGCGCUCCCUGUGGAUUUCGCUCGUGGACAACUGUCCGGUCACCCUCUUUGUAUGAAACAAUACUACGGACUCUUCUCUUCUUAUCGUCUUCCAGGACUUACCAAGGACACCCUCGUGUCCCAGAAAAGCAAUAUUAUGCCUGAACCAGAUCAUAUCAUUGUUGCUUGCAACAAUCAGUUUUUUGUUUUGGACGUGGUGAUUAAUUUCCGGCGUCUCAGUGAAGGAGACCUUUUCACUCAGUUACGGAAGAUAGUUAAGAUGUCAGAAAGCGAGGAAGAGAGACUGCCUCCAAUUGGUCUCCUGACCUCAGAUGGAAGGCUGGAGUGGGCCACCGCCAGGGCGAUCCUCAUGGAAGAUUCUACAAACCGAGACUCCCUUGAUAUGAUUGAACGAAGCCUGUGCUUAGUCUGCCUUGAUAGUCCAGCUGGAGAAGAGCUGAAUGACACCAACAGGGCUUUGCAGCUUCUCCAUGGUGGUGGCUACUCUAGAAAUGGUGCCAAUCGCUGGUAUGAUAAGUCUACGCAGUUUGUCGUAGGACGAGAUGGAGUCUGUGGAACAGUGUGUGAACACUCUCCGUUUGAUGGGAUCAUUCUUGUGCAGUGCAUCGAACACUUGCUGAAGCACAUGAAAGAAGGAGCAAAGAAACUGGUCAGAGCAGAUUCCGUGAGUGAGCUUCCUGCUCCAAGGAGGCUGCGGUGGAAAUGUUCUCCAGAAAUUCAGAGUCACUUGGCUUCUUCUGCGGAAAAAUUGGAAAGACUGGUGAAGAAUCUGGAUUUUGUUGCUUAUAAGUUUGAAAACUAUGGGAAAGAAUUUAUCAAAAAACAGAAGAUGAGUCCAGAUGCCUACAUCCAAGUAGCACUCCAGUUGGCCUUUUUCCGGCUAUUACAGGCAUGGCUAUCGACAACCAUUUAUUGGGACUGCGAGAGACGGCCAGAGAAAACUUCGAAGAACUGCCAGACUUCUUUACUGAUGAAACUUAUUUGGCAAGCAAUCGAUUUGUUCUCUCCACCAGCCAGGUUCCUACCACAAUGGAGAUGUUCUGCUGUUAUGGGCCGGUGAUUCCUCAAGGCUAUGGGGCUUGCUACAAUCCACAGUCCCAAUAUAUCUUAUUCUGCAUUUCAAGCUUCAAAAAUUGUCGAGAGACCUCUUCCAGCCAAUUUGUCAAAGCCAUAAGUGAAAGUCUAAUGGACUUGAAAGAGCUCUGUAGCGAAUCCAGUUUGACCUCGAAAAGCCAGCAGGCUAAACUGGACGGAUGUCCUCCAGUAGCCAAACCCUAAUUCCAUGCAUGUUGCAGUCUUUUCCUUCCUCCUCUCUGCAAAAUGUUCUUAAUGUAGAGUGAUGUUUCUGUAAAAAUGCCAGCUAUUUAUUGGAGGCAGGAGAACUUUAUUUUUCUUUAAGCGAGUAUUCCUAUCCCUAUUUAUCACAACGGGAGCUUAAAUUAUUGAGAAAGCUGACAUUUCAGUGCUGCACAGAGCAAAUGUGUGAAUAAUGUUUGACCCAAAGAAUGAAAUUACAUGCAAUUCAUCUCAAUGUGAAAUAAGCAGUUAAUGCUAGUAUUUUAGAAAUAGCUGCUGUGAAUGUGCAAUAUAUCCCAUGCAUGAGAGUUCCAACUCUCCAUAAUUUAUUCAUUUAUAAAAUUUAUAUAUCGCUUCAGUCUAAACAGGAUACAAAGAGCCACAGUGACGAAGCCGAUGCAAACAUUAAAAAAUAUAUAGAAGGACCUAAGAAAUGAUAUUGUGCUAACAAUAUUAACAAUAUUAACAAUUUCAAGAGCAAGGCUCCUAGAAAGAUGUGUAUCCCUCAUUUUAAGGAUGGAUAUGUGACUCCCAGUUUUGAUAGAGCUUGCUGGCCUGGAAAGACCCUGUCCUCUUUUUGUCCUCUUGAGCAAUUGACCCAUGUGGUCUUGGGAGAAACCAAAGGGCACCAUGGAUGAUGCUGAAGGUCAGUCAGAUAUUUCCAAGAACCUACUAUAGGAAUUAUCUUUCACAAGAGCACAGUUAGAUCUUCUGGAGAAGAUUGGGUUAGAAACCAAUGAAGAUGGGAAGGUAUUUUCCUUCUCUUCAAUUAUUAAGGGCCAUUUUGAAUCCAGAUUUAUUUAUUUAAUUAAUUAAUAACUGUCUACCUAAAAGGUAAGCCAGGCUAAGAAGCUGAUGCCAUAUCAGUCAGGCAAUGGCUAUAACAACAACACAAUAUUGCAAGGCUGAACAUGCUUUUCUCCUCCCUCAUUUUAUCUUCCUGGGAACUUGAGUGGGUUUGUCUGAGAUGUUUUCUAAGAUUAUUCUCUUGAUCCAGGCUCAGGCCCCACUGACCAUUGCCUUAGUAGUAGCUAUUCCUCUUGUCUUUCAACCCCAUUCCUAAUGCCCUCUAGAGUUACCAGCUCAAAUGCUUUACCUGUUAUUGUACCUGUAUCAUAUUCUCAAGUAAGUUGUAAUAAGUGUUGCAUGUUUUAAUUGUUUCAUUAGGAAAAAAAGAUGUUACAUGUAUGUGACUCAGGGUUUAAUUGUUGAAUUCCUAGUGUUCAGUGAGCUUGUCUUCUUACAAGAUGUUUCAUUACCAGGGUAGUAAACAUCAUCAGGGCAUAACGGAGGAGCACAAGAAAAAGACCCGCAAGGUUUGUGGUUUCAACUCCAGCUACUGUAAGAGAUCCAAGCGUUAUCAUCAGGCUGUUCCAGAAUGUCCUGUGAAGCAGCCCAAGGAGAUU